GUUUCUAAAGUACAACAGCAUGACGUUUAUUUGGAAACGUCAUGUUUCUGAAAGUAAAUUACACGUCGGUUUUGUCAAUAAUGGAUUCUGAUUCAUGGAGUGAUCGUCUUGCUUCAGCUACAAGGAGAUACCAGCUAGCUUUUCCACCACGAUCUGAUACAUUCUUAGGGUUUGAAGAGAUAGAUGGGGAAGAAGAGUUCAGGGAAGAGUUUGCUUGCCCUUUCUGUUCUGACUAUUUUGAUAUUGUGUCUCUCUGCUGCCACAUAGAUGAAGAUCAUCCUAUGGAAGCCAAAACCGGGGUAUGUCCGGUUUGUGCGGUUAGGGUGGGUGUUGACAUGAGCCUAUUUGGAGGAUCUUCGUGUAUAGUAUCUUCUUCCUCAUCAUCCAAUGUAGCGGCUGACCCAUUGUUAUCGUCGUUCAUUUCACCUAUUGCUGAUGGGUUCUUCACCACGGAGUCAUGUAUAUCUGCAGAAACCGGUUCUGUCAAGAAAACAUCAACUCAGAGUAUACCUGAAGGGAAUGCAAAAAUACCGUCUCUUUCAGCUGAGGAUCAUAAGCAGAAGUUGAAACGCAGUGAGUUUGUUCGAGAGCUGUUGAGCUCUACGAUUCUUGAUGACGGCUUAUAAUGAAGUAUUGCUUCUGGUAACUUGUCAGCAAUGAGGAAACUCCAUGUUCUGUCUCAGGAGAAAGUAGGAAAUUAUUGUUUGUGGGGAGCAAAUAAAGGAGAGAGAGAAAGAGAUUAUGAAUGAGUGUAACUUAUGAACACAUUAAUAGCUUCUGCGGUUAACGCUCCAAUUGCCUGUAGGUCAUGAAAAAAACAAAAUGUAUCUAUUUCACGUAUUUGCAUUCAAUUAUUCGUUUCCAGUUCCUUGAUUAGUUUCGAUUUACAAUCUGGUUAGUCAAAGUCUUAUGUUGUUUCAUUGCUUGUGAAAGUUUGCAUUGUACUUUCCUUUGAGAAAUAUGGGUUCCUACUUGUCAUGGCAACGAUUUCAGAUUUUGUAGAGGCACUUUCUUCUUGAAUCAGAUUUUUAGCUUGUACAAUAAUUUCUGAAGCUCGUU